AUGAAUCAUAAAACGCUAAAAUUUUCUUCAAGACAAGAGCGAACUUUAAAUAAAUUAAGACGCGUUCUUAAAACGACUCAAGAGUGGAUCCAUAAAGAACCUCCAGUGCAUGAAAAUGAUCAUGACAAUUCAUUUAUUAAUGAUAUACAGCACUUUUUUAAUAACGCAAGCAACAAUUUGUCAAAUGAUUUUAAUAUUGAAGUCGAGUCUAAGCGUGAAAACGAUGCUAAUAAAAAAGUAAAACUAGUUGAUCGUGGGAGCAGUUCUAGAACCUCCAUAAUGGUUAAUUCAUCGUCAAACAAUGAAAAUAAAAUGACACCACCUCCAUCAAUACAUUCUAAAAUAAAACCAACAGCAAGUGGAUUAAACAGUAGCAAUCCUUUGGCAUCUCACAUACCAACGAUGCAUCACUUAUCUCAUAGCCGGAGCUUAAUUUUUAUUGAAGAAUCGUCUGUACAUGCAGGAACUUCAAACAAUGGAAUAUGCAAUGGUAUAGGAAAUAAAAAAAGAAAGAAGGGUAAAGAAACCGAUUUUAGCAAGAAGACGUCCAAGAAAAUAAAAACUUCCAAUUCUGCACUGACAACAUUUAAAUCACCUAAUCAUUUAAAUUCUCCAAUGCCUGGGUCCCUUGGAUGUGUAAAUACAUCAAUGCUCGAAUCGACCAAACAUUUAAAUACACUCAAUCAUUUAAAUACGACAGCAUUUCUACCUAGAAAUUUGCUUAAGUCAUCGCAAAAACAACCUAAACAAUUUUGUGAGAAAGCUGCAGAAAAAUCAAUAGCUAAUCCUGUGGAGAAAUUAAAUAUUUUGGUGAAAGAGCAGAAAGAAAAUAAUGAAAUAGCAAAAGAUUGGAAGCAAAAAUCGGCUGAUCUGUGUAAUAAAUAUACACAAGAGGAAAAUAACAAUAAACUCAGCGCAAAGGAUCAAGCCAUUCCUCCCAUUGAGGCCUCACUUUUUGCAGAAUUAGCUACUGGUUAUGUUAAAUACCGGCCUCAAUGGGAGAUGUUUGAAUAUCUAGGAGACAGUGUACUCGAGCACUGUCUCCUAAAAAUUGCAAAAGGGAAAUAUCUCAUUAAAUAUUCAAUAGAAACAAUCGUGUUAGGCGUAAUGGCAAUGGCUACCAAUAAGGUUUUGGCAGCAUAUGCCAUUACAACGGGUCUGCAUAAGCUUAAUCGUAUGGAAUUUUUAGAAAUUAAAAAGCUUCAUGCAGACGCAUUUGAAGCCUAUAUCGGUACAUACUAUAUUGCCUGUGGGGAGCAAGCAACAUGUAAUUAUUUAGAAAAACUGAUGUCCCCAUUAUUUGAUGCUAUUAUCCAGGGAGCGGAAUCAAAUAAGGAUGUAUACCAUUUAUAUGGUAUAGCAUCUGCAUAUUUUUCAAUGCCAUGGAUCUGCGAGAGGGGACAUCUUUUUUGA